AUGGACGCCCCAGCACUUAAUAGAACAGAGAUUCUUGAAAACGUCGUUGUUUCUCUGCCCUUGUUCUUCUCAUCCACUCCAACACUUACUGCCUUUGCCGGAAUUUUUGUGCUAUGGUUGUAUCUCGUGACAAUCAACAGCAAGAAAUCACCCAAUAUCUAUGGGAAUUAUAACUUCAAAGCGCCGAUAGUGGGGUCUAAAUAUAUGAUCCUCGCAAGAUGGCAAUUCUUUCGAAAUGGGCCUGCACUGAUCCGCGAGGGGUACGAAAAGUAUAAGGACACCUUCUUUAAAGUCUCCGGUAACGACCUCCUUAUUGUUCCCAACAAAUAUCUUGCCGAGCUUGCGAGCAUGCCUCCCGAGAAGCUGAGUCUCAACACAGCUAUCGUGGACGCAUUUCAAAGGCUUCACUCGAUUACCGCGGUUAUCGCCGAUAACAGUUUACAAUCGCGGAUGCUAAUGUCACGGUUGACACCAAAGCUUGGCCUUCAUGUCCCCUUAGUUCAAGACCAGUUUCGCAAAUACUUGCCGCAUGAGCUACCUGCAACAGAGAAGGAGUGGACAAGUGUCAAUGCUCUGCAUCUUGCACGUCGAAUGGUUCAUAGAGGUGUAGCCACCCAGUUUGUAACCGAGCUAGCAGAAGAUGAAGACUAUCUCUCUACAGCCAUCAGCUAUUCAGAGAAUGGCUUUCGACAUAACUUUCUCCUCCGCGUUUUCCCCGAUUGGAUCAAACCUGUCGUCGCUCGCCUCCUUCCUACGAGUUGGCGUGUCGAUUGGGCUCUCAAGGAUGCAAAACGCAUGGUCAUCCCUGUUAUACAGGAACGCCGCCGACGGGAAAAAGAGGGUUUGGCCUAUGAGAAACCGGAUGACUUUCUGCAGCACUUGAUGGACGGAGGCGAAGAAAUCAACGAUGACGUUGAAACUACGGUACAACGUUUGAUGGUUACAUAUCUCGGCUCUGGCCCCUCAACAAUCAUCGCUGUAGCUCAGGUUCUGUUUGAUCUCUGUGCUCAUCCAGAAUAUGUAGAGCCAUUGAGACAGGAAGCCUUGGAGGUCUUACGUGAGGGAGGCUAUACAAAGCAAGCAUUGGCAAAUAUGAAAAAGAUGGACAGCUUCAUGAGAGAAUCCCAACGGCUGAGCCCACCCACAUUACUUGGUUUCAACGCUGUUGUGCGCCAACCAGUGACACUGCAUGACGGGGUUGUCCUCCCUGAGGGAGCUCACAUCCAAAUGGCAACUUAUGCGAUUGGCGUUGAUCCUGACCGGGUUUCAGACGCGGAUACGUUUGAUGGCCUGCGUCAAUACAAAAACCGACAAAGACCAGGUGAAAGCAACUGGCACCAAUUUACUACCACGAGCGAAAAUAAUCUCCAUUUUGGCCAUGGCAAGAUUCAAUAUCCUUCUAAGGUACCAUCUUCGGUUUCCGGGAGGAUCGACGCAAAGGCCAUCUAA